AUGUUUCUCGCCCCACUUAAAUUCUCAUUGUUUCUCGAACCAUGCAGAUUCAAUGGUCAAUGGUUUGAAGUACAAGAUAUCUUACUUGGUCCAUUCAAUGGGAUAGGGUGUGAAAAGUACGCAUGCUAUUGGGGAAUUUUCGAAAAACUCGAUGAUGUAAUUUGCGACAUACCUGCAAAUGCCUCUGAAUGUACAGAAGUUAAAGUAGAAGGAGAAUGCUGCCCUAAAUAUGAAAACUGUCCAAGCGAAUCAUCUAAAGUUCUCAAGUGUGUACCAGUUUAAUGAAUUAAAAAAGUCGUUUCAAAAUUCAAUAAAAGUGAAAAUAUGUAUUUCUGUUUCCUUAAAAAAAUUAUUACAGACAACGAAUUUCGUCUUUAAAUUUCAAUU